UCAUCUAGAUGUUGCUGCAAACAGUCUCGCUGUCAGUUCUGUCCAGUGGCAGCAUGUGGGAGGGUUGAGGCUGGCCGGAGGAGGUGGGGUCUGUCCCAUGAGUUCGAUUGGCUGAUGAAGAGAAGAGAGGCACAGCAUAGUGAGUAUGAAAAGAGACAGAGUGCAGUGCAGACCGAGACUGCAGACAUGAAGCAGCACAGAGCGAUUUAUAUGCUUGAAAAGGCUGCAGCAGAACGGAUCACUUAUGAGGUUUGUCACAAAUUGAAUCACUGACAUCCUGAUGUUUACAGUCCAAACAUGUGAACAGACAACAAUCAGUGAAGCUUGCAGACCCUCAGCAUGGGAUCACUGUGGAAUAUUUAUUUUCUUUUCCUUCUUUCAUUCUCUCUCUUACUUCACGCCGCCGCUUUCACUGAAGAAAAUACCAAAGAAACACGAGAGACUGACUACUCCCAAGCGACACGGUUUCUUACACAGCCCACAGAAAAACCUCGCCAGUCAAGUUUGGCACAAGACAGUUUUAUGUUUGGACUUGAAAAUGUUGACUUCCUGAAUCGCCCUUUGAAUUGGCCCUUCUCGUCAUCUGAGGACUUAGACAGACAAGGUGUAAUUGGCGAAUAUAGUGACAUUCAGGAAGAUAUUGAAACAUCUCCUUUUCAUCCUAAUGAUGAAAGACUCACAUCAAAGCCUUCAGACAUUCUGAAAAAGGACACCACUCUAGUGGAGGGUGUACAAACAUCUGGAAACAUCUUGUUAGGAAAGGCUCUACAAAAUCCAAAAAAGGAAACAUUAAAUUUUCUGUCAACUGAGAGAAGCCGAGUGUCUGCAGAGCAUCCUCCACAAAUCAGAGAGAAUGAGCAAACAUUGACAACAUUGCAAAAUGAAAUUUCUGAUAUUCAUUUUCCUUUACCUUUUUCUAACUCUCUUCCAUCACCCAUACCUGAUUGGAACUCAACUUCAUCACCAUUUAUUGGACAGGACAAUAACCCAGACCACCAAACUCCAUCACCAGCAACAAACAAUGAGGGACGGACUGAAGGCAUUCCAAUGUCCAUACAGAAAAAUCUAAAUGGGACAAAUUCUAUUGCAGAUACUAUUUUAACCAGAGUAACAACAAGCACAGAGGGAGCCAGAGAUGAUUCCAGGAAAGACAGCCUGAAUGUCCCAAAGGCCACUGGCACACUGUUGCUCGAGGGUGACAUGGAUAUACCCACCACGCCCUGUAAAACAUCAGAUCAGUCCUGGACUCCCACCUAUCCAGAGGAUUUUACACCAAGUGAGCCCUUGCUCCCCUCUCUGGCUAUCAGUCCUGCCCUUCUGGUCCCUCUGUAUUCAGACUGGAAUUCUGCCUUUGCAACAUGGGGCUUUGCAUGGGAAGCACAUAUCUAUGGUCUGGGAUCUGUCUUUACUUUAAUUUGCCUAAUCUCUGUGGUUUGCCUGUUAGGCUUGCCUCUACGGUGCCCCCCUGGAAUUGGACUUUUUAUAAUGCUCCACUUCUUUAUCCUGGCAUUUGCAGGCAUCCAAGGUUUCAGUUUGGUGUAUGACGCUUAUAAUUCUCAAGACCGUCUUCCUCCUCUGGUCACUCAAUUGCUCUCAGAAUUACCAACGCCCUGUUUAAUAUCAGCCUUCUCCUUGGCUUUCUUCCUCCUGUCCUUGCACUCACGCAGCUAUCUUUCACUACCUAUUGCUAUUUCUACCUCAUUUUCAGCUUUACCGAAGCCUUGUCUUUUGCUAUGUAUGUGCCUCUUGCAGUUUAUGAUCUCACUUGGAUGUGUUGGACUCCUCCAAUUGUUUCACAGUCUCCCCACUGUGGUCAUUUUGUUCCCUCAGGGUUUGUUUGUCUUAAUAGCCAUCUUUCUUUCAUUCUCCUACCUCAUCUUUUACUGCUUGAAACAAUUAAACACAAAACACAUUUACAGGCUGAGUGAAAAUGGAGAGACUGGCGGAUCACCAGAACUGGUACGCCCUGUAAUUUGCCCUUUUUCCAAGGUAGAAGACUGGGACAGAGCAGCAGGAGCUGGGAUAGGAUGUUCAUUGUGCUUGUUAGGAUGUGGUGGUUUUCAGCUUUAUGGGAUCUUGCAUGCUCUUGGUUUGGGUGGAAUUGAUGGCUUUGGGUUCGAUCCUUGGCCUUGGUGGGGCUACCAGACUGGCUACAGGUUCUGUGAGAUUGGAGUGGGUGUGGGAUUGUGCAUUAUUGGCACACAUCCUCUGUUCUGUAACAACAACCCCUCUUUGAAAACCAUAAGUAGUAGCAGAUCCAGGAUCCUGGUCCCGUCUAUCCUGCAACUCCCCUUUGCGAGGACACAGUAGGCCCUCACAGGAAGAAGUGAGUUCUCCAGCCUCUCUCCACUCAUGAGUCCUGGUCCCAGGUUAAGCAGGAAAGGUUGAUGGUCUGCAAUGUUGAUGCCAAGAAGCAGUCAGAAGCGCUUCCUCUUUGCUCAAUGGUUGACAAUCCUGAAAGUGAAGUAGACUGUGCGAACAAGCACAGUCCAAACAAGAGUACUCUGCCUUUACACACACCU